AUGCUGAAACACGACCGAUUCAGCGCAGAAUACUACUGGUCCACUACGCGUGGCCCAGUGCAGUUCACAGGAGCAAUCCAGCGUAUGAUUCACGACAUCAAUACUCCAAGCUUUUUGGAAAUAGGACCUCACCCAGCUCUCGCUGGUUAUCUGGUCACUCUCGGGGGCGAGACAGCCACCGUCAUCUGUCCUCUGCGGAGACCCAAGGGCAAUCAAGGGGAAGUGGUUUCUGCAUCGACUUCAAUGUUCUCAAUGGAUGCACCGCAGCAGACGUCCCAAAACUACCCGCCUACCCCUUUUCCCGCAAGAAGCUCUUCCUCCUCGCAGCGGGCCGUUGAAUUGUUCUCCGCUUCGUAUCAACUCGCAGACGCACCCUUACCUGGCUCAACAUGUGAUCCAAGGCAAGCCCAUCCAUGCCUGCCACAGGCAUUAGAAUUUGGCGCACGACAAUUUUGGGACAUCAACUUCUCAUUCAUGCUCUCUCUAUCUGGGGAUCAACCGGUGCCAGUCGAUGUUAGCAUCGAAGGACCUCGUUGGUCGGUGCGCUCUGCUUUCGGUGCACCGCCUCAAUUUGAUUGUCUGCGUGCUGAUGGCUACCUAUCUCUGGAUUCUCAGUGGUCAACCUUGCCGGCAGUGGACAUCCAGGCGAUCAAGGCACGCUGUACGCAAGCCAGCGUUGAAGGUUUUUAUGAGGGGUUCGAGCACUUCGCCAUGACGAAGCACUGA